GUGCGGCUGUAGCCGGCCGGAGUUGUGCGCUGCGGGUGCUGCGGGACGCGGCCGUUGCCAUCGCGAUGCUCUUUGUUUGUUGGAGCCGGUCGGUGGAUGUGCGGGAUUCCUUGUAGCAGAGCUGCUGCUCCUGGCCACAGCUUUGACUGCCUGUUUCCAGGUGUUGUCACUGCUGUUUUCCGGCCCCAUUUGGCGCUCAGAGCUGCAUGUUGGGUAGCAGAGGCGCGAUCCCCAGCUGUCAGUGUGGCAGAGCGGUGCAGAGCUGCAGGAUCUCUCCCGGAGCCCGUCCAGCUGUGGGCCGUGCAGCUGUGCUUACUGCCAGCCUCCAUGGGACAGACAUGGACCGUCCUGCUCAAAGCAGAGAUGGUUGGUUUAUAACGGGAGCGUUUCUCGGCUCCUUUGUCACCUGCUGAGCCGUGUUCUGGUACCAGCACUGCUGUACAUUGAGAUCUCCCAGCAGUAAUGUGCUGUGUUGUGCUGUGCUAUGUUGUGCUGUGCUAUGUUGUGCUGUGCUGUGCGGCGCUGGGGGUCGCUGGCUGUACCAGCUGCUGCUGAAGAUGUUUCGGGUUCAUUCCUAUGUAAACUCCACUCAGAACAGUCGUGUCUUUUUUGAAGUGCAGCCAACACUUUGUUCUCCCAAGUAGCGCCGAGCUGGAUGUUUGUGUUGUCUUGGUAGUGAACUGCCCUUCGUUACAAGAAAUGCUAUUUCUUCUCAAGGAACUUCUUUUUAAAGAAGACAAGGACUUUUUGGUGAUGAAAUGUUUGGGUACAGCUCAGUGGGGUCAGUGCGCACUGACACAUCUUCAGUGUUCCCUCCUUAGGAAACAAAUCGUUACCUGUGACUUGAAGCGGUGCCUGGGUUCAGAUGGGUGUAACCCCUGUUGGGUCACUGUUCUGAAUGGGGCAGAGCUGUGUGGAACUGCACAGUGAGAGUCGCCGUGUGAGGUCACACAGGACGGGCUCUUAGAAUGGCCCCGGUCCCUCAGCAGGUUGGGGUGUGCACAGCAGGGCCGUGCUGCAGGGCUGCCAGCUCCAGCAUCCUCUGGGAUGGGGCAGCCAUUGAAUAUCGAAGGUUCCCGAGUCAGACGGAAGACAGCAGUAGCAGAGGUGGAUUAACGCUGGAAUGUAGUCAGGGACUGGAGCACUUGGGAGCUAUGCUUAGAAAGGGAAUGAGCAGGAUAUGACCCUUCUUCUCUGUCCGGGCUUUGGCCUCACACAGUAGGUGUAAUAUAAUCGCUGACGUGGGCGUUCUGGAAGGAGAAUUGUUUUUGAAGGCUUUUGCAUGAAACUUGUCCAAUGAGUGUGAGACGCCCAAGCACCAUUAAUUUUGGAGGAAAAGGAUGGAGUAUUGCAUGCUGGGAACAAGUGCUUUCCAUAAGGUACAGCAGCAGCUCAUGAUGCCCCGUAAAGCUUUUCUUUCCCAGAAAGAAAAGCAGGCUCGUGCCAGGGAAAGAGAUAUGUUAAAAAAGAGGAGGAGGCGACAAGACUAUCUCAAAAGAAGCGUGGACCCACAGAAAAAUGCAGAAACGAUAAAAUGGCACAGGGAUGAUGAGAAGAGGAGAGAAAAUGAGCAAGUUAAGGACAAAGAUAUCAAGAAGCGAUGGAGACAGGAUGAGAGAGAUCGACGAAAGAAUGUGGACACUAUGAAUUGGCGCAGGGAAGAUGAGAAGAGAGAAAAUGAGCGAGAAACUAUGUUCCAACUUCCUGUCAACAACCUUGGCAGUUUAAGAAAGGCCCGGAAAACUGUGAAAAAAAUACUUAGUGACAUUGGUUUGGAAUACUGUAAAGAACACAUAGAAGAUUUUAAGCAGUUUGAACCUAAUGACUUUUAUUUGAAAAACACUACGUGGGAAGAUGUAGGAUUGUGGGACCCAUCGCUUACAAAAAAUCAGGACUACCGGACAAAGCCCUUUUGCUGCAGUGCAUGUCCAUUUUCCUCGAAGUUCUUUUCAGCGUACAAAAGCCACUUCCGGAAUGUCCAUAGCGAAGACUUUGAAAAUCGGAUUCUCCUUAAUUGUCCAUACUGUACUUUCAAUGCGGACAAAAAGACUUUGGAAACGCACAUUAAAAUAUUUCAUGCUCCAAAUGCCAGUACACCAAGUGGAGGCAUCAGCACUUUUAAAGAUAAAAACAAGCAUGAUAGCCUUAAACCUAAGCAGGCUGACAGUGUAGAACAAGCUGUUUAUUACUGUAAGAAGUGCACUUACCGAGAUCCGCUGUAUGAAAUUGUUAGAAAGCACAUUUACAGGGAACAUUUUCAGCAUGUAGCUGCUCCUUACGUAGCAAAGGGAGGUGAAAAGUCACUCAAUGGUGCCGUUCCAUUAAGUUCCAGUACCCGGGAGGAGGGUAGUAUUCACUGCAAACGAUGCCUUUUUAUGCCGAAAUCAUAUGAAGCUUUAGUACAGCAUGUUAUUGAAGACCAUGAACGUAUAGGGUAUCAAGUGACAGCGAUGAUAGGUCACACUAAUGUAGUGGUUCCAAGAUCUAAACCUUUGAUGCUAAUAGCUCCAAAACCACAGGACAAAAAGCCUAUGGGACUCCCUCAGAGGAUGGGUCCCCUUUCCCCUGGGAGCGUUCGAUCUCUUUCAUCACAGCAAAUGAUGAACAGACUCACUAUACCAAAGCCUACGUUAAAUUCUGCAGGAGUAAAUAUGAUGUCAAAUGUUCACUUACAGCAAAACAAUUACGGAGUCAAAUCAGUGCCACCAAGUUAUGUUGGUCAGCCAGGGGGAAGGCUGAGCUUAAGUGGUAAUGCACCAGUUUCUAUUCCACAGCAGUCUCAAACAAUGAAGUUUUCGAGUGGAAAUGGAAGGCCUUAUACUCUUGGUGAACAGAGAUCUCAGGCCUCAGCAAGAUACUCUCUUCAGUCUGCCAAUUCAACUUCCUUGUCAUCAGCUCAGUUGAAACAAACGUCGUUAUCUCAGUCACAGGCAGCUUCGAGAGUGUUAGGUCAGUCUGGCUCAAAAUCUCCUGUAGCUGCUACAGGUCCUUCUUCUGUCAACACAUCAUCCACACAAAAGUGGAAAAUCUGUACAAUCUGUAAUGAGCUGUUUCCUGAAAAUGUGUAUAGCGUCCACUUUGAAAAGGAGCACAAGGCCGAAAAGGUGCCUGCAGUAGCUAACUAUAUAAUGAAAAUACACAAUUUUACUAGCAAAUGUCUAUACUGUAAUCGCUAUUUACCCACUGAUACAUUGCUUAAUCAUAUGUUAAUACAUGGUUUGUCUUGUCCGUAUUGCCGCUCAACCUUCAAUGAUGUUGAAAAGAUGGCUGCUCAUAUGCGAAUGGUUCACAUUGAUGAAGAAAUGGGACCUAAAACUGAUUCCACUUUAACAUUUGAUUUGACGCUGCAGCAGGGCAGUCUCACAAACAUACACCUUCUUGUAACGACCUACAACCUGAGAGAUGCUCCUGCUGAAUCUGUAGCUUACCAUGCUCAGAACACCCCUCCAGUUCCUCCAAAACCACAGCCGAAAAUCCAGGAGAAGUCUGAUGUACCUGUGAAAAGUUCUCCACAAGCAGCAGUUCCCUACAAGAAAGAUGUGGGGAAAACUCUCUGUCCUCUGUGCUUUUCAAUCCUAAAAGGACCCAUCUCUGAUGCACUUGCACAUCAUCUACGGGAGAGGCAUCAAGUUAUUCAGACGGUUCAUCCAGUUGAGAAGAAGCUAACCUACAAAUGCAUUCAUUGCCUUGGUGUGUAUACCAGUAACAUGACUGCUUCAACUAUAACGUUGCACCUUGUUCACUGCAGAGGUGUUGGGAAGACUCAGAAUGGCCAGGACAAAGGUACGUCGUCAUCUCGGCUCAGUCAGUCUGCAGGUGUAGCGCCUGUAAAACGUACUUAUGAACACAUGGAAUUCUCUCUGAUGAAGAGAAGGAAAAUGGAUGAUGACGACUCCCCCUCUGCCUUUGAGGAGAAGCCUGAGGAACCGGUAGUUCUAGCGUUGGACCCCAAGGGUCAUGAAGAUGAUUCCUAUGAAGCCAGGAAAACGUUUCUCACAAAAUAUUUCAACAAGCAACCAUAUCCAACUAGGAGAGAGAUAGAGAAGCUGGCUGCCAGUUUGUGGCUAUGGAAAUCUGAUAUUGCAUCCCACUUCAGCAACAAAAGGAAAAAAUGUGUUAGAGAUUGUGAAAAAUACAAACCUGGUGUGCUGCUUGGUUUCAAUAUGAAAGAAUUGAACAAAGUUAAACAUGAGAUGGAUUUUGAUGCUGAAUGGUUGUUUGAAAACCACGACGAAAAGAAUUCCAGAGUUAAUGUUAGUAAGACUGUUGAUAAAAAAAUAAACAUAGAAAAAGACAAUGAAAGUUCAUCAGACAGCUAUGAGAAUAUAGAAGAGGAAUACAAUGAAAGCAGUAGUCCGUUUGGUCCACAUAUUUCUGACAUUGGUGAGAAAGCGUCUCCUGGUAGCAUAGCAGAGAACCCAGAGGAUGGCAUAUCCAAGGAGAUCAUUGAAGAAAAUACUUCACCACCUCCAGAAAAGUCUGAUCAGAAACAAGAAGAGAGCUCUAAAUAUGAGGAGAUUAUUUCUGCCGAAGAGCAGACAAAACUGGCUGGUGAUGUUUCAGAUAGUGAAGGUUAUCAGGAUGAUCAAGAUGAUGCUGCUGAAUGGAAAGAUGGAGCUUCACAGUCUGAAAGUGGACCUGGUUCUCAGCAGGUUUCUGAUUUUGAAGAUAACACAUCAGAAGUAAAGCCAGAAGUGUGGACAGAUGAAUCCUCACAAAGUGAAGAUGCUGGUAGCAGUAAACCGACUGCCGAGACAAAAGGAGGUGGAUCUGAGAGUGAUGAAGAGCAGUCAAAGUGGAAGAAUCGUUCCUAUGGAAAAGUAGAAGAGUUCUGGGCUAAGGACCAGUCGCAAUGGAAAAAUGCAUCAGAGAUUGAGGAGAGCUUGUCAAAUCAGCAGAUGGAAUGGCAGAAUAGCACAAUUGACAGUGAGGAUGGAGAUCAUUUUGACAAUGUGACUGAUGGGGUAGCAGAACCAAUGCACAGCAGCUUAUCCGGCGUGGAGCUGAGCAGUCAGCAAGCAUAAGCUCCUCGAUUCAGAAGUGUCAGUAAAAUGAUCCAGUCUGCAACUGUCUACACACUUCCAUUUCUGUAUGACUGCUAAGCUUCAAUUCUGACUGGUACUGCCUUCCAAGUGCUAGGUCACGGUGAGUGGUGUUACCCCAGUGGUUGUUUAAGGAUGCUGUUGGCUGACCUUGCUUGAGAGUACUUGCUGGGAUGAGCACAGUAAUUUAAUGUGAAAACAGAUAAGCUGGUGGCUCAAGAAUGCACACAGAGAAAAGCAGAGGUUUAUUUUAUCUGCAUUUUCAACAUUUAUUUCACUCUUGUACAUGUUCAGUUGUAUGUCUUUUUAAACAUUACCCUUUUUCACAUGGUAGUGUGUAGGGCCAACAUACAAGCUACCAGUUCAGCGUGUAUAGUAGACUAUGGGGAAAUUGAUUUUUUUCAUGUAUCAUUCUGAAUAGUUGAAAUGUAUAUUUGUACAGUCUUUUAGACCUAUUCAAGUGAAGCUUAUGAAAUUGUUCUUGUGUACCCAUCAUAGAUUUGUUUCUCUUUUUUAGUGUUGCCCUGCUGUGUAAUAAAUGCUGUAUUUAGUUUACUUAGCAAAAGCUUGAAACUGCUAUAGUAUGAAUUUUGACAAACUUAGUUUUUGCACAUAACCUUGUACAAUCUCAAAAACAGAGGCCAGCACCAUUAAAAAAAUAUAUCUGGACUCUUAUUGUAUUAUAGAAUUUUCUUGUUCUGAAUAUCCUUGACAUUACAACAGAUGACAAACGUAUUUCAGAGCCAUUUUCUGAAAUCUUUUAAGCUAAAGAUGAAAAGUCACAUGCAAGAAACAAGUUUGCAGCUACUAAUUUUGACACCUUUUAGAUCUGUAUAAAAGUGUAUUGUGUUGAAGCAGCACACUUAAAACAAAAGUGCUGUGUUUUGGAUAUUUAGUUUUAUCUUUAGUUAACACCAACAAGGUGUUGCAUUCAUUUAUACCAUCUAAUAUAUGACACACUGUUGUAGUAUGUAUAAUUUUGUGAUCUUUAUUUCCCUUUGUAUUCUUCAUUUAAACAUCUAAAUAAAUUGCUGUAUUGUGCUUACUGUAAA